UCCAUUCUGCGACUAUCUCUCGCGGAACGCCGACUCAGCGUUCCAGAUUUAAUAGAGUUCAGAGCUUCGGUCCAUCGCGCAGAGCAGCGCGGAAAAGUAAUCAUCUCCCCACUGUUGAGAUUUUCGAAGUCGUUUUACAAUACCUGUAUCGAAGACUCGUGGGUCCUUCAAGAAUGAGAGGAAGAAAAAAGAAAGAAGAAUUAUAUGAACCUGCGUAUAAUGGGAUACAGCAAAACGAGCUGUCGCUUCAAACAGGUGGUUGGGAGCAUAUAGUUUAUUUCGCGCGUGUAUACGCGCCACGUGUGUGUACCCAAUUUACAUAAACCCGUAUACACAGAAAUUCCUUGAAAAGGCUCAAGAGUGGUAAUUCAUAAAUAUACGAGAGGUGGGAAUGCCAAGAGAAAAACCAAAACGCUGUCUGAUGAUUUUUCAGCGAGAGUGUUAUUGAGUCACUACUUUUUGUUUGUUGCGACUUUGAUGUCUAUCCACGGUAAAGCGAUAAACAACUCAUUUUACAAGAUGGAUAGAGCUCACGGCUUAACUUACUCCGGUGGAGAAUCCAAUCUUCACGAAUAUUGGGAAGCUUAUCAAAAGAUGAUGGAAGAGACAAAAAUGCUGGACGAUUAUCUUGAUGAGGAGUGUAGUCCACGCAGUUAUGACGAAGGAGAAGAAGAGGCGGAAUGGUUGAAAGCAGCGGGUUUGGGAGAAUUGACAGAGCCUUGGAAGGCUGGACGCGAAGUUCAGCCUGACCAAUUAGGAGCUGCAUUAAGACCACUUUCGAAAGCUCAAGCCGAGGCUGUUAAAAGACGGGUUCGAUCUCUUAAUCACACAGUCAAACAGAGAUUCAAUCAACGUACUCGAGCGCGUAAGCCUGACAUACGAGAUGUUUUCAAGGACGUGGAGGUUUCGAGCACGGGUACAAGAUCGCGGAGUGCAACUCCCGAUUCGCUAGACUCAACACCGGGCGAAACACCGGGAAGUGCAUCGCCGCCUUCUCCACCGACGGUUAGCAGUACGAUCGAGGCACAUGAUCAAAAUGUGAGCGUGCCAAGUUUUGUUUCAAUUUUUCAACGAGCCUCAACCGAAGGUAAAGAAACGGUUCGCAGACUACCGAGCGCACCAACGACAGUCCCGGCUCCGGUGACCGUCGUCGCACCAACGCCACAGCCGCUCCAGGAAAUUUUUCGUAGAACCGGGCACUGGGCUCAGCGAGGAGACGUUGCCAGUGAUUCUGAGGGCAUUAAAUUGACCGCGUAUCAGCGACUCGGUACUAUUCACCUUUCAAGGCCAGUUAUACAGAGGCGAAGUGGAAGUGACCCGAGCGAAGUUGCAAAUACCGCUGAUUUAGAUGUCGAGCCUCCGACCAAACUCUCCGUUCCGAAAGAUUCGACGCUUCGACGUAGCCCCGGAAGCCACGCGACUGUAACACGAAGUCACAGUAGCUUGUACGGAAUGUCGAGGCCGAGUCAAGACUCGUUGAUAACUCAUCCACUCAAUCGUACCUCGUCUCAUGGUCAUUUGAGCUUCGAGGAAAUGUGUCGAGCGAAUGAGACGAAACCGGAAACGUGGAACGAUGAUGUACUUACGAAGGACGAUGACGCUCGCGAGGGUGUUGAAAUGUUGUCCCAACGUGAUUUCACCCGACUCCAACCUCUUUUGUGGCUUGAACUCAGCGCGGUUUUCGACAAAUACAAUGUUCCCCUUGUCAAACGAAAACCGAAUAAACGUAGAAGGAAAGCUGGCAAUUUGUUUGGCGUAUCACUCUCGACUUUAUUAUUACGAGACAGUCAGUUAACGAGUGACGAGAGUAACAUACCGCUCGUAUUUCAAAAACUUCUACACGAGUUGACGAAGCGAGGUGUAAGAGAGGAAGGAAUAUUGCGAGUCGGUGGCCACAAGCAAAAAGUCGAGGCUCUUUGCGCGGAGCUUGAAAUGGAUUUUUAUUCAAAGCCCCGAGACGUCGAUAGGCUUUUCGAACGCACGCCUUGUCACGAUUUGUCAGCGGUUUUGAAAAAAUUACUUCGUGAUCUCCCUCAACCUCUACUCACCGUUGAACUCAUCGAUGCUUUUUAUCAAAGUCAUGGCGUGAAGAAUCCAAACGAUCUCGCGUACUCGUUGAAUUUGUUGGUGCUGUUAUUGCCGGUCGAGCAUCGUUGCACGCUGCGUGCGUUGUUGAAUUUUCUCAAGGUUGUAAUUGAGAAUCAGAGCACGAACAAAAUGUCGAUACAUAACGUAGCUAUGAUCGUGGCGCCUUCGUUUUUCCCGCCUCGUUACAUUUACCCGCGCGACCGUACGGACCUCAGUGCUCAGGUAAACAUGGCAGCAGUUUGUUGUCAGGUGACCGAGGCGUUGCUCAACAACGUUGACAAGCUUUGGGACGUAUCGAGCGACUUGAUCGCUCAAUUGCGUCGUCAAUCGGAGGAGGAGCGUUUUCGCAAGUACAAGAAAAAGUAUUAUUGAUUCUAGAAUGUUCAUCUUCGUGAAAAUCGAAAGACAAACAAAAAAAUAUUGUAAAGAAGAAGAAAAGAAAACGAAAACAAAACAGUGCAGAAUCGAAAAUUCUCCGUAAUACCUUUGGUGCCUUACUGCCUCACUUUAUCGAACUAUUUUCUUGUAGAAAUUAGUCCUUCAAAUACGGUCUUUUAACCGUCCAACGUGUGAAGCUGUUUCGGAGAUUUUCCCUCAGGGAAAAUGAUCCGUAAGAGAUCGUGUCUUCAUUUCUACUGGCAUUUUUUUUUCACGUCUAUUUAUAAUCGAUGCUGAAAACAUUUUCCGCUAUUGUAGUCGCAGCUUUCGUUUAGUCGAACUUUCCGAAUGGAAAUUUGUCUGAAAAUCAAUAAUUCCUCAUUAUUUUUUCGUUUUUUAACGACAGCUGUUGAAAACAGCAGAUUUAAUUUAUCUCCAUUCACACCGAGACAGUGACUAACUUUGUAUUUUUAAAUAAUUCAUAUUUUGCCUCAAUUUGCUUUCUUUCGUUAGUAUUUUAGAUUUAACGAUCAUGUGCAAUAUGAUUUUGCAUUGUUUCAAUUUCAAAGGGUGCUUCGAUUCCGAAAUCAAGAAUCCUCAGGCCCUCGAUAUUCAGGUCACAAAAUUUAAAUGAACAAAAAAUUUAUAUUUAUUGUUGCUCCAGUUUUUAUUCGAAACAAAUACGGCACGAGCAUGAACGAAUAAAUUCACUGUUCCCGUGACGAUUAAGAUCACUCUUAUCAAACAAAUUCUACUUACCUUUGAUUAAAACAGAAGCGUCUGAUAAUCAGAUUGCAAAACAAGUGGCAUUCGUUGGUACUACUCGCGUUGAGAGCACCGCAUUAAUCUACAUUAUAAAUAAAAAAUAAAAAAAACUACUUCCUGUCCAUUAUUUAUCAAUAUAGCCAACUUUUCAAAAUUUAUUUCACUAAAAAUACUGUUCAUUGAAAUCCACGUGACUCGAGACGCUCGAAAAAUGAUUGAAACUUCGUUUUUGUAGUAGCAACUCAAAAUAUUUGCAAAUUAUUAUUUUCAAAGCUCGUGUUUCCACGCUCCGGAAAAUUUAGUCAGAAGUCCACAGGAUUUUUUAAAUUCAUAAACUACGCUAAAGGAUAAGAACAGUCGACAAUUUCGAGAGUUCCCAAUUCGGUUUUUGAUAAUAGGAAGUCACGUGGAAAAUGUACUUGUUGAAAAAACUUAAAUAUUCAGGCUGCAACGAAUAAAUCCACAUUUGCAGGAAACUCGAGGACGUAAGAGUGUUAAAAAAUCAUUGCAAUUUCUCACUGAGAAUACACAUUCGAUGGAAAAAAAGAUAACUGUGGACAGGCGUUUCAACAACGAAAUACUUUCGCGUAGGCAUUAUUAUUCUCACCUUUUAAUGUGUCAUUUUUACAGCCCGAUAACGCCAUAUUAUACACUAAGGAUUUGUACAUACCGUUUCGUAAUUUGUUAUGUUACGUUAAUAAAGUGCCAAAGAAAAAAAUAAA